AUGGAAUUGCGAUACACAAUACAUACACACAACCGCUUGACGUUUAAUUUCGGCGACAUUAACAUAACCUCACAUUCGUUACAGCUGACCAAUAUGUGGGGUCAGAUCCCCAGGAAUGGGUUUUUCUUAAUUUCGUCCGUAACUUGCAUCGUUAUACCGUUCUAUAUGUGGAAGUCGCUGUGGCAGCUGUGGCGCACACUUCAAAAAGAAAACGACGAAAUACUGUUGUUUCAUAAAAGGCACAAUUGCGUGGUCAUUUACCAACCCAAAACAGGUUUAUCCGGGUGGCCCCGACACAACGACGAAAAGACGCCGGACAUAAACAGCCGAAUGAUACAUUUAUGCGAACCAUUUACCUAUUUCAUAAGAACUGCUAAAGAAUCAUUGUGCAUUGCUUUUAUGGUGAUAAAUAUAAAGGUAAUUUACGAUGAACUAAUAAAGGCUAGGAGAAGAGGCGUGUGUAUUCGAAUCAUAAACAAUUUUCAGCAUACGGAAAGCUGCAAUGAAGAUAUUAAAAAACUGUUGAACGAAGGUGUCAAAUUCCAGUUUUUUGUCGCACCAACCUCUGCAAUGGAUACGAUUAUGCACCAUAAAUUUAUGGUAAAAGAUGCGGUCAGCCAGACUAAAUGUUUAUGUACUGGCUCCAUGAAUUUAACUGGCAGCAGUUUUUUCAACAAUUACGAAUCUAUGGUUUUCAGCUGCAAUCCAUAUUUAGUUGAUGCUUUCAAAAACCAUUUUGAAGAGUGUUGGGACAAUUUGAAAAUGGACAAUGAUGGAUUGAUAAAUAAAAUUAUAUUGCGCGAUGCACGACUUUUGUAAAUUUUUAAAAUGUUUCCUUUAUAAGAAUUAUAAAGUGCCAAGUUGUAGACAAGAAUUAAUAUAUAAACACAUUUUUUUCUAUCAGUUUGGUUCGGCAUCGAAAUAUAUGUCAAUU